AUGGCGGCAGCGGCGGAAGAUGAGAUCGAAGUGGAUGUCGAAACCGAUGAGCAGAGGUUUCUUCUUACCUUGGAGUCGCGAGUCUUCGUGAAGAACCGAGCCUUCUUCUUGUUCGUCACUGCGCGCGAGAAGAUGGCCGAGUUGUGGCGGAAGUCAGGCCGUGCUUUGGGCCUCCGCGUCCCAAGUGAUCUCGAGUUGGAGGCGCUAGGACCGCCGCAAACCGAGCCGGUGGUGCGAGCCUUCGAGCUCUGCAGAGAGUUCUCGGGAGAGUCCUUGUUCAAUCACUGCAUGCGCGCCUACUACUUUGCUGCGGCUGUGCGGUGGUUUGGCAAAGGCUCCCUGGAUGGCCUUGACUUGGAGCAGAUGGCAGUGGCGUUUGCUUUCCACGACUUUGGCUUGACAAAGAUCCUGGGCCGUUUCUUGACCAGCCAAACAGAAAGCGAGGAGUCAAUGUAUCCUUUUGAGGUUCGUGGGGCUCGAAGGUGCCUCCGCUUCGCCUUGAAAGAGACGCAGAUGACCCAGCAGCAAAUCAAGGUGAUGUAUGAGGCCAUCCGUCUUCACACGGCGCUCGGCUUCGACAAGCCCACAGAGCUAGCCGACCUAAUUACCGUGGGUACGUGCUGUGACGUGGUGGGCUACCGCUGCGAGGACCUCUCUAAGAAGACCAAGGCCAACAUUCUUACUGCAUAUCCGCGGCUGAAAUGGAAGGACGUCGUGAUCAAAGCCUUUGCUGACGAUGCCAAGAUGCCUCACCCAUCGCCCGUGAUGAGGCGGUACCAGCGCGAGUACUUCUUUAACCUGCUGGUACGCAUGGUUAACUGUGUGCCAGAGAGGGCAGGUUUUAACGACGUUUCCUUCCACGGAUCCCCUCAGAUUCCCACUCCGAAUAUUGAUGAACUUGCGCGCACAGGCAUCACGUUGAACAACUACCAUGUGCAGCCGGUUUGCAGCCCCACGAGAGCCACGAUACUCAGCGGUCGGCAUGUGUCGCACACAGGCAUCUACUUGCCGAUUACCACGGGAAGCCUCCACCUGAAUCUCUCUUACUCCACACUCCCCAAGUUCUUGGGGGAGCUUGGGUAUGAGACCCAUAUGGUCGGGAAGUGGCACAUCGGACUGAACCAACUCGCCGCCUUACCGACUUCCCGAGGAUUCGACAGCUACUUCGGAUAUGUCUGGGGUGCCGAGGAUUACUACACCCACAUGCGACAAGGUGCUUACGACCUCCUCGAUGGCACGCGCAGCGCCUUCGAGUACAACGGCACGCACUCGACGGGGCUUUGGGUGCAGAAAGUAGUUCAACUGCUGAGCGCCCCUCGAUCCGGGAAGCCUUUCUUCAUUUACCUUGCCUUCCAGAACGUGCACUGGCCUCUGGAAGCACCGCCAGAGUACAUGAGGCGCUUCGACGGCAAGACCGGGAACAACUCGGUGCGGCAGUCCGUGUGCGCGCUGGCCUCGGCCUUGGACGAUGCUGUCGGGGAGGUGAUCCACACACUGAAAGACAAGGGCCUCUAUGAGGACACUUUGAUCAUCUUCGCCUCAGACAACGGCGGCCCCACCAACGGCGACGAAGGCAGCUGGUCGAGCAACUACCCACUGAGAGGUGGCAAGAACUCGCUGUGGGAGGGCGGCACCCGCGUGGCGGCGGCGAUCCGGGGGCCAGGCAUUUCUCCUGAGCUCGUCGGCACGGUCAGUUACCACAAGGUGCACGCUGCCGACUGGCUGCCCACCUUGGUGAGGAUAGCGGCCGACGACAGUACCUGGCUAGAGAGGAAUUGGCCCCGGGGGGAACCUCAGCUCAUUCUCGGGGAUGGCAUCGAUGUCUGGGACACCUUCAGCAAAGGCCUGGAAGUCCGGAAAGAGGUCUUGCUCGAAGCGCACCCGGAUCACCACUGGCAGAUGCACGGCAAUGCGCUCAUCGUGGGCGACUGGAAGAUCAUCCGCUUUGGACGCAGAGCCUUCAACCCCAAGGUCGCGUUUGGCUGGGUACCCCCGCCAGGGCAGAAAGCUGCUUCCGUGGACUACCAGAUCGCUUGCAAGCUGGAGAACCAGCCUAGCUCCGUCGACUAUACGGAGUGCGAGUACGAUUUCUGCCUUUUCAACGUCACAGCAGACCCUUGCGAAUACCAUAACCUUGCCAAACAGCAUCCGGACAUCGUGCAGAGGCUCACUACUCGCCUUUCAGAGUACCAGCGGACGGCGGUCCCCCAACUGAGAGAGAAAGACUGUGGCUGCGAACCGGUCAUCGUCAAGGGUGCCUGGCGUCCGUGCGACGCUCCUGACCCGGAUGCCACAUUGCACUUGCGAAGUAUCUUUACUUAG